AAGGUGUAUCCCCAUACAGCCGUGUCUUAAUAUUUUAUUCAUUCAAUGAUUCAAAGUAAUUUUCAGUAUGAUGCUUUGAAAUAACGUUUCUAACUUUCUAUCAACGGUACUUAUUGACAACGAACUACGAAGUCACGUUGUUUUCGUUUUCGCUAACGGUUUAAUCUGUCGAACGGGAUUUGGAUUAUAGUUUUCUAUGCUGUCAAAAUCGAAAUGAAAAAAAAAUAAACAAGAUCGCGGUAUAAAAACUUAAAACUUUGCAUUUAUAGAAGAAAUAUUAUUGGAAAUGUGUAAAAUGAUAAUUUAUUAGAUCUUUUAACGCUAAUAUUUAAGUUAAGUUCGUUUGAAGUACUUAAAAAACAAAAAUGUGCUAGUGAAAGUACUUACCGCAGUUCCAAAUUAAAUAAUCUUUAGUUGUAGUAUCAAUAAAAUGGGUAAAACUAGCAAAGUAGUUGUGUGCGGAAUGAAAAGUGUUGGCAAAACAGCUGUUUUAGAACAACUUAUUUACGGAAAUGUGAACUUGAAGUCCUCGUUCUAUCCAACUAUCGAAGAUAUAUAUGUUGCUAACAUUGAAACUGAUAGAGGUACUAAAGAACGCGUGUGUUUUUACGACACGGCGGGGCUGGAGCCCCCCCUUACAGGCGAGUUGAAAGGGCCACCUCAAUCCCCAACCAUGCAGCUGACUUCGAACCAAGUGCUCCAACGUCACUACCUGGGGUUUGCGGAGGGUUACGUCAUGGUUUAUGACACAACUAGACCUGAAUCACUUGAUGUGUUGAUCUAUUUGAAAAAAGAUAUUGAUAGGAAUAAGGAUAAGAAAGAGGUAGUGAUGAUGGUAAUAGGAAACCGGACAGGCCCAGAUGACCUCAAUAGUUUAGAAAACACGUGCUCGAAAGCAGCCAACUGGUGUGCACGAGAAAAGAUACGUCACUUUGAAGUUACAGCAAUGGACCGACCAUCUUUGUAUGAGCCCUUUAUAUUCAUGACCUCCAAGCUUAACCCGGUUCAAAAUAAGACAGCCUUCCCACAGCUUAGCACAUUGAGUAAACUAACUCAGAAGAGUAGUCGAAGCGAUGCCAUGUAACAUUACGUUUCUAGGCUGUGCCCCUUUUGCUAUCAGCCGUGAAGGCUUUUGCGCCAAAUCUUCAUCAAAGUCAUGUUUCUCAUCUUAUCAGCUGAGCUUAUGUUGACUUGUCAGUCGAUUGUCGUAGAAUGACAAAGGCUUUAUUUCUGAUUGGCUGAAACUAUUCCACUAUUGGCUUAAAUAUGCAAUUUGAGCGAGAGUACAUUAUGUUCAGCCGAUAAUAGAUUCGCAAAACGAACUACAGAAGCCAAAAACUUCACUUUAAAAAUAUUUUUUAUAUUUUGAGAACUAUGAAGUUUUUUUUAAAUAUUUUUUAAUACCUAAUGAAGUUCUAAGAAUCUCACAGUAUUCGAAUAUUUAUAUUUUAAUUAUUUUAGGCAUUUGCAUUUUAAAAACUAGUUUAUUAUAUAACUUAUUUCUAGUAUACGAUUGAUUGUAUAUGGUUGAAUGGUUGAGAA